UUUCUGUAUUGGUGGUUCAUGGCUGUCCGGUUUUUGUUUACUAGUGGCUGUGUCAGCUAAACGGCGCUUCGCUGACGUGCGACCACCACGUCGCAUGCGGGCUAUGUAUACCGCGAUGACGCUCACCGCUACGCGGAUUCGAACCCGCACCACAAGAUUACGAGACAAGCUCGUUACGUCUAGGCUACGGUUACGAACGUAUCCACUGCAAUCUGUUGGCAUAUCGGAUUGAGUCAAAUCGUGCAGGCAAUCAGCCGCCUGUUGUCAUAAUGUUAAACAAUUAUUUCGCCUCCCCAGCUUAACAGGGUCCUACUAUAAAACUCCCAGCCAAUUUUAGUACGACAGCUACUGGACAGCUGGAAAUUAAAUCAAGAUUCAUGGGGUUCCAUCGUCUACUGGCACUGCUGUAAAUGUGCACUGAGGUGUUUCGACAGAAUGUCAAAACGGCUCCAGCGGACGUUGGAAGGGGGGGACGAACAUUUUGCCUCUCCGCAAAGCCACACGUUCACACACUAAAUUGCCACGCAUUAAAUGCCUUGUUAUUUCAGGUAGAAGAGAACGAAGCAGUGGUCGAAUAUGCCCUCAGAAAACGACCUAUCAACAUUGUUGAAACAAAGUUGUUUGGUGAAAAAGGUUAUCAAAAUUUCAAAGGAUUCCACUUUCACCCUACGAUGGAGCUCACAAGGAGAUAUUAUCCCCACAAACACAAUGUGGACGGCUUCUUUGUCGCUAAACUGAAAAAAGUGGGAUGA